CUAGCGGGAGGGUGGAGAAGGGCCGUGCACCGAGAUCCCGGCUGGGACGCAGGAGUGGGACCCGCGCCCCCUCCUCUUCUGGGCCGGGGGCGGGGAUGAGACGGUGGUGUCCUGUGAACAUCACUGGAAGAAUAGGAGCAUUACUAAGGAGACUUGAAUUUGAAAGAUACAUUAUAGAUAAAUAAAUGUGAUCUCUGUUACAUGGAGCAAUGCUGAAAUUCCAAGAGGCUAUUAAACAUGUCAGUGGUUCUGCACCUAUUUCCACUUCCUCUGAAACCUUGAUUGCAAGAAGAUAUGUUCUUCAGCAGAAACUUGGCAGAGGAAGCUUUGGAACAGUCUAUCUGGUUUCAGACAAGAAGGCAAAACAAGGAGAAGAAUUAAAAGUUCUGAAGGAAAUCUCUGUUGGAGACCUCAAGCCCAAUGAAACAGUUGAAGCAAAUCUAGAAGCACAACUACUGUCCAAGCUAGAUCACCCAGCCAUUGUCAAGUUUUAUGCAAGCUUUGUGGAACGAGAGAGUUUCUGCAUCAUCACUGAAUACUGUGAGGGUCGAGAUCUAGACUGCAAAAUUCAAGAAUACAAAGAAGCUGGGAAAAUAUUCACUGAAAGCCAGAUAAUAGAAUGGUUUAUACAGUUGUUGCUUGGAGUCAACUAUAUGCAUGAAAGGAGAAUACUUCACAGGGAUUUAAAAGCCAAGAAUAUUUUUUUGAAAAAUAACCUUCUUAAAAUUGGGGACUUUGGAGUUUCUCGUCUCUUGAUGGGAUCGUGUGAUCUGGCAACUACGUUUACUGGGACACCUUACUACAUGAGCCCAGAGGCACUGAAACAUCAAGGUUAUGACACAAAAUCCGACAUUUGGUCACUGGGAUGCAUUUUGCAUGAGAUGUGCUGUCUGGAUCAUGCAUUUAUCGGACACAAUUUUUUGUCUAUUGUGCUAAAAAUCGUGGAAGGCAACACACCUUCUCUUCCUGACAGAUAUCCAAGUAAACUGAACACAGUCCUCCACAGCAUGCUGAACAAGGAUCCUUCUCUGAGACCAUCUGCAGCAGAGAUUCUAAAAAUCCCCUACAUUGAUGAACAAUUACAGCAGAAUGUCAAAUGCAAAUUCACAAAUAUGGCUCUGAAAGACAAGACAUUUAUUUGUCAGAAAGAAGCUGCUUGCAUCGUUAAUGCUGUGCAGAAAAAAAUCCAUUUGCAAACUCUGCGGGAACUGUCUGAGGUGCAGAAAAUGACCCCAAGAGAGCGAAUGAGGCUGCGGAAGUUAAAUGUUGCAGAUGAGAAAGCAAAGAAGCUUAAACAACUGGCUGAAGAAAAAUAUCAAGAAAACCUCAAAAGAAUGCAAGAACUGAGGUCCCGUAACUUUCAGCAAUUGAGUAUAGAUGUGCUUCAUGAAUCUGAUGAGCAGACUUCAAAGCAUCUGAUUCAGUCUCAGCCAGUCACUGCACUGGACUACAUAUCCAUAGGACAUAAAGAACCAAGUGAAAAUGAGACACCGGGCAGGCUCUGUAUGUCUGAACCUGUGGAGCAUGAGAUCCCCAAAGAUCCACAAGUUGCAGAAGAAUAUUAUAACGAUGUGUUUGAGUCUUGUUCGGAAACAAGUGAAGAGGAGGAGGAAAAUAUGGAAGUAUCACAGACUGUCUCUAAAACAAAUCAACAGGACAGUGAUGUCGAGGCAAUGGUCAGGUAUUUGGAGAACGUCCUGAAUAACAGCUCUCUAGUUUUAGAUUUGGAUAACAGUUCUUCAUUUCUGGACUCUUCAGCUGAAGUAGUAAAUCUUUGGAUGGAUUGUGAUUGUUCGUCUUUAUCAGUUAGCGAAGAUAAUCUUUGGUCAGAUUGUUGUUCAUCUUUAUCAGUGGAUAAAGGUUCUGGGACUGUCACCGGCGUGGCUCCAGUAGUGCCCCAGGGAUCAAGAGCAAUCAACAACACCAUGGCUGAGACCAAGCUGAAACGCAUGAGGGAAUCAGCAAUUCAGAAGCUCGGAGCGGAAGUAUUUGAAAAGGUUUACAGCUAUCUUAAGAAAGCAAGACAGCAGAAUGCAAGUGAAGAUGAGAUCCGGGAACGCCUGGAGAAAGUGGUUUCUAGAGCAAGCGACUGUUUUGAAGUGGAUCAACUUCUCUACUUUGAGGAUCAGCUGCUUGCCUUAGCUCCAGUGUAAAAUGUACAUCAGAAAUGGACAACACUGGAGAUAUGUGAGAAUGCUGAGCUACACCCUUAUGAGCCAGCCAACAAGUACUGUAUUAUUGGGGGCCAGGGAGGUGCACAUCAUGGUGACAAUCUUUUCCCCCCACUUGUUUUAUUGCAUCAACAAGUGUAUUCCCUUAGGGCUAGAUUCUUCACCCACGGGUUGUUCCCAUUGACUUUAAUGGUGCACAAUCAGGGUCCCAAUGAGGUCAAUGAGAGUUUUGCAGCUGAUUUCUAUGGUAGCAGCAGUCGGCUCUGAUCCAGCAAGACAUUAAGCACAUACUUAAAUGUGUUGCUGGAUUUGGCCUUGAACAGCAGUAUGUGUAUAUAUAUGUGUGUGUGUGUUUAUAUUCACAAACAUGUGUACGUGUGUAGUUAUUGCUCUGUUGAAGGCCUGUAUUUCACCUGAGUGCCUUUUGAAAGAGCCAUGAAAAAGAGGGAGAGAGAGAGACAUGAGGCCUGACCUGAAGCCUGCUGAAAUCCGUGAAAAUAUUUCCUUGAGCUUCUGUGGGUUUUGCAUCACGCCCAUAGUACAACUAGAAAAAUAAAUCCAUUUUGGCUUGUUCA